AUGUCCUCGGCGUCUCAGCGGCGGCGACGAGAUGAAGACGACUAUAUUCCCUUUGGACCCCCGUCACUCCCCAGCACGCAGACUCACCUCGACAACAUGUCGUCGGAACUUGGCUGGCCGCCGCCGGUGACCAUGUCCGACUCGAGCGACGAGGAUCUUCGAGACCACCGGACGCAUGCGCGACGCAUUUCGCGCCGACACCAGAUGCCGCAUGGCGUUGACGGACUGAUAAACAAUGGCCGAUACUCGCCCGACGUGUACUCGGUCACCUCCGAUCCCCCAAGCCAGACUCCCAUGCUCGACGCCGGCAUGCAAUCUCAAUACGCCGGUUUACACUCGCAGUACUACGCCACGAGAACGCCCAACCCGGGGCCAAAGAUCAAGCCGCACCUAUCGUCCCUAGAUAUCCCAAGACGCUACGGCAGCAAUGCCAUCCUCGACAUGUAUGCGCUCACCUACGUCACCGACCCUGACCCGAACCUACUAUGUCCCAUCUGCCAUGAUCCCCUCGUCGACCCUGUGACGACUCCGUGCGACCAUACCUUUUGCUAUCGAUGCCUACGCAGAAGCAUGGCGUCGAGCCCCGCGGGCGGUGCCUGUCCAAUCGACAGAGAGGCUCUGCUGUGGACAGACUGCUCCAGUUCCAUACGACUGAUUCGGACGCAGCUUAAUAACCUCAUCGUUAAAUGCCCUCAUCACGGUAGAGGUUGUGAGGAGGAAAUGAAGAGAGAGGUUGUGGAGCGUCACGCAACCAUGGAGUGCAGUUUCCGAGAAUAUCCUUGCCCUGAUGCCGAAUGCUCCAAGACAAUUCGCUACAAGGCGACAGACGACAAGUGCCAGCACCAAGAGAAUAGCUGCACGUUUUGCGACGCCAUCAUCGAGGACGCUGAUCGUGAUAUUCAUCUGUUACAAUGUCCCAAGAGCAAGACGCGGUGCGCGGGCUGCUGGACGCUGAUUCUUCGCGAGCAGGAGGACGGCCAUCGAAACCUAGACUGCGAUGCCAUCGAAGUGGGGUGCCGCUUUCAAAGGGCUGGCUGCCCAGUGAGGGUUAUUCGGGCACACCAAGAGCUUCAUGCUCUUUCCUGCCCCUUUCAUCCAGAUUCACCAUCCGGCGCCAUCAUCCGCAGCCAACGGGAGCUCAUAGACACAUAUGGCAGCUUGGGAAGCCAGCUCCGUCAGCUGCGGGCCAGGCAGGACGACAUGAGCCGACGUCUCGAUCUGGUUCUUGGGCCAAGUAACCGCCCGGGCGAACCGGGAUUCAGAGAUGCCAGGGGGAAAGACCUGGAUGCCGGAUUUGAAGAGGUACACCACAACAUGAGCCAUCUCGAAGCUCGGCAGAGCAUGUGGAUGGUCAACCAGCUCAUGCCCGUUCGGGAAGACAUUACCGAGCUACGAAACAACAGCACGAUGCUUCGAAUGCAAGUCAACUACCUCCUAAACCGCGCUCGUGAAGAGGGCGGCCACGCACGACCAACAUCAAGCGGAACAACAAGGCCCACGUCGAUGGGGUCGGAUACGGCGCGGGAGCCGAUGCCUCCCAUGAUGCGCCAAAGACGACGAUCAUCCGCCGCAGAUGUUGACCUUCCCCGAUUAUAG